GCCGCCCCAGGUGCCGGAUACGAACGCGGCGGCGGCGGCGGGUGAAAAGUAACUUGGCUCUCAGUAACUGAAUAGACAUCAUGUCUCGAGCACGGCAGCCCCCACUUGUCACUGGCAUCUCUCCCAAUGAAGGCAUCUCAUGGACAAAAGUGACAAUUAGAGGAGAAAAUUUGGGGACUGGGCCAACAGACCUCAUAGGUUUAACAAUCUGUGGGCACAACUGCCUGCUGACUGCUGAGUGGAUGUCUGCCAGUAAAAUUGUGUGCCGAGUUGGGCAGGCUAAAAACGACAAGGGAGACAUCAUUGUAACGACCAAAUCCGGUGGCAGAGGGACUUCAACAGUUUCCUUCAAACUGCUUAAGCCUGAAAAAAUAGGUAUCUUGGAUCAGUCUGCUGUCUGGGUGGAUGAAAUGAACUAUUAUGACAUGCGCACUGAUAGGAACAAAGGGAUUCCCCCCUUGUCCCUGCGUCCGGCUAAUCCGCUUGGUAUUGAGAUAGACAAAGGCAGAUUUCCUCAGAAAGAUUUGGAGGCACUGUUUCCUGGCAUGAGUGCUGAUUUCACGAGUGAAAACUUCUCUGCUGCCUGGUACCUGAUUGAGAAUCACUCAACAACAAGUUUUGAUCAACUCAAAACAGCAGUUGUAAACUUGAAGAAACAAGCCAAUAAGAAAAAUGAGGGGAGCCUGGCCUAUGUCAAAGGAGGUCUCAGUACGUUUUUUGAAGCACAGGAUGCUCUGUCAGCAAUCCAUCAAAAACUGGAAGCGGAUGGAACGGAAAAAGUAGAAGGAUCCAUGACGCAAAAACUGGAGAAUGUACUGAACAGAGCCAGCAACACAGCAGACACUUUAUUCCAAGAAGUGCUGGGUCGUAAGGACAAAGCUGAUUCAACAAGAAACGCACUUAAUGUUCUUCAGCGGUUCAAAUUUCUUUUCAACCUUCCCUUGAACAUUGAAAGAAAUAUCCAGAAGGGCGAUUAUGAUGUGGUUAUUAAUGACUACGAAAAAGCCAAGUCACUCUUUGGAAAGACAGAGGUUCAAGUAUUCAAAAAAUAUUAUGCUGAAGUUGAAACCAGGAUUGAAGAUUUAAGAGAACUUCUGUUGGAUAAGCUGCUUGAAACUCCAUCAACAUUACAUGAUCAGAAACGUUAUAUAAGAUAUCUUUCUGAUCUUCACGCGCCUGGGGACCCUGCUUGGCAGUGCAUCGGUGCUCAACAUCAGUGGAUUCUGCAGCUCAUGCACAACUGUAAGGAGAGCUACGUUAAAGAACAAAAAGGCAACCCACUGCUCCACAGCCCCAUGCUAGACCUGGACGGUGAUGUGCGUCCAUCCCCAAUUGGCCAUCUCAGUCAAACUGCUUCCUUGAAGAGGGGCAGCAGCUUUCAGGCUGGCCGUGAUGAUGCCUGGCGGUAUAAAGCUCCUCAGCAAGUUGUCUUUGUGGAAAAGUUGACAAAGCUUGUUGUGAGUCAGCUGCCCAACUUCUGGAAGCUCUGGAUUUCUUAUGUGAAUGGAAGUUUAUUCAGUGAGACUGCUGAAAAAUCUGGCCAAAUGGAAAGAUCAAAGAAGAAUGCAAGGCAAAGACAAAAUGAUUUCAAGAAAAUGAUUCAGGAAGUGAUGCACUCUCUAGUGAAACUUAUCCGUGGAGCUUUGCUUCCAUUCAGCCUCAGAGAAGGAGAAUCAAGAGAGUAUGGUGGCUGGGAGAUGAAAUCAGAACUUUCUGGCCAGUGGCUAACACAUGUUGUCCAGACAGUGAGGCUUAGUUCUGAGUCUCUUACUGCGCUUGAGAUACCCAACGAUAUGCUUCAGAUCAUCCAGGAUCUUAUUUUGGACCUCCGUGUGCGCUGCAUCAUGGUGACCUUACAACAUACAGCUGAAGAUAUAAAGAGGCUAGCUGAAAAAGAAGACUGGGUAGUUGACAAUGAAGGUUUGACAUCGUUGCCGUCCCAGUUUGAACAGUGCAUUAUUCGUGCCCUGCAAUCUCUGAAAACAGUGCUGGACUGCAAGCCUGGAGAAGCCAGUGUUUUCCAGCAACAGAGAACACAGGAGGACGUGUGCCAGUUGAGCAUUGGGAUCAUGCAGGUCUUUAUAGACUGUGUGGAGCAACUGAGCACCAAACCUGAUGGUGACAUAGAUACAGCACAUCUUUCAGUUGAUGUUUCAUCCCCAGACAUGUUUGGGAGCAUUCAUGAAGACUCAAGUUUCUCUUCAGAGCAGAGGCUUUUAAUUGCACUCAGUAACUGUCGUUACCUGGAGCGUCACACCUUCCUAAAUAUAGCUGAGCACUUUGAGAAGCAUGGCUUUCAGGGGGUUGAAAAAAUAAUUCAAGUUAGUAUGGAGUCCUUGAAAGAGCUGGAUCAAAGACUGUUUGAAAUGUACAUUGAAUUCAAGGCAGAUCCGAUCGUUGGGUCUUUAGAACCUGGCAUUUAUGCAGGAUACUUUGAUUGGAAAGAUUGUCUCGUUCCAGCAGGUGUCAGGAACUAUUUGAAGGAAGCAUUGGUGAACAUCAUUGCUGUGCAUGCAGAGGUGUUUACAGUUUCCAAAGACUUGGUUCCUCGGGUGAUGUCAAGGGUUGUAGAAGCAGUCUCUGAAGAGCUGAGUCGACUGAUGCAGUGUGUGUCAUCCUUCAGCAAAAAUGGAGCUCUACAGGCAAGACUGGAAAUCUGUGCCUUGAGGGACACUGUGGCCAUAUACCUGACACCUGAGAGCAAGUCAAGCUUCAAGCAAGCUUUGGAAGCCUUGCCUCAGCUCUCAAGUGGGACUGACAAAAAGUUGCUGGAAGAGUUGCUAAACAAGUUCAAGAGCAGCAUGCACUUGCAGCUGACCUGUUUUCAAGCUUCUUCAUCAGCAACGAUGAAAACAUAGACAACGACACAAUGCAGACAGCUCAGAAGACAAACAUCAGCUGUUUCCUGAAUACUUCUUCAAUUCCUUUGAAGACUCUGAAGAAAAAAGGGAUUGCACUCGAAUGAUCAUGAGAUACAACCCUUUGUGUGAUGGUGUGGGGAGUCCUGCUGAGUGAGACUUUUGGACAUAGAUACCUUAAUAAAACAAUUUUUCUGUCCACUCUGUUUCAUUCUGAGGACAGAACUAAGCCACUUUUGUUUACAUACACUCCUCUUGGCUGUACACUGAUGAAGAAAUGCUCGGUGGGGUGCUGCAAUCUCAGCUUCAGUUGUUAAAAAUGUAUUUUUCACCCACUGGGAUGUAUUUUUAGCAAAUGCCACCUGUAAUUUGAGUAUUACUCGCUUUGUUCAAUGUAUCAAGGUGUCACUUUCUUGCUGUAGAGCAGUACUGGUAUGACUGGAAAACUCAACUUGUGUAAACUGUUGAAAAAUAUGUAAUAAAAAUUGCUACAUACAGUGUUCAGAUACAACAUGGAGAAGGGCACUUUCUGCUCUUGCAUUGAAAAAGGAUCACUUUUUUCCCUGGUGUUUUUGAGUGGUCUUAAGUCUUCAGUUCUUGAGAGCUGCUUUUUUGCUGCUUUUUUAAUUAAAUGUAUUCCUGCCUCUCUUAUUUCUCCCUUCUAUUGUAAAACUGAUGGUAACCUGACAGAAACAUUUCUUUCUUUGAUAAUGAAAGAGAAGCACUCCGAGUUUAUAAGAUUGGUAGAAAUGUUCACAUGAAAUACUCUUUGGUGCUAAGAGGUAGAAAAGUUCCUAGUCCCUCACAUCAGCAGAAGAAAGGAGAAGCACAACAUGCCAUUGGUUUUACUGCUUCUUACUCCUCUUGUCUUGUUCUUAUAGGCUCAUGACCACCAUCUUCCUUUUCCUUCUUAUUAGUCUCUCCUCACCACCACUUAAUGGAAUUGGUGUGCAGGGGUGUAAGGAUUCAGAUGGAAAGAGCAAUUUUGCUGCCAUUGAGCUCUAGUUACACACAGAUCGUGGACCAUCUUCUCAAGAUUUGAUGCUGACUUUCAUUUUGGGCAUUGGUAGAAGAUGCAGGAAGCUGUAAGAACACAGCCACUAAUAGAAGUGGUCCAGUUUUGGGGGCUGAGGUGUGGGUUUAACUAAUAACUGAAAUCACAACUUGCAGGUAAAUCAUGAAGUAAUUAUUCAUUCCGCAUUUGCAGCCCUCUGGAGUGGGACUUCUUAGAAACAGUGCACCGAGUUUUCAACAGGGCUGCUGAUGUUGACUCUUUUCUUCUGUCAGUUCAGUUAUGUGCUUAAAACACAGCAUCCAGUUCCUUCAUUGUUAAAUACUGGAGAAGCAGCUUCAUGCACAUGUAUCUGCUCAUUAAAAUUGUGUAUAUAGUAAUAGCUUGUUGAAUGGAUGUUUGAAACUUCAGCUGUAUGUCGUUAUUGGCUUCCAGGAGAAUUGUUAAAACCCCUGGAGCAAGGUUGGUUUGUUAAGUGUAGUCCUUUCUGAGUUGGUUGUAGUCUUAGCUGUUGGUAUUAACCAAAAUAGUCACCCAGUUUCCUCCAUCUGUAAAAGAUUUCUCUUUGGAGUAAUAAAAUAGGAAGAAAGGUGGUCAAAAGCUCUUGUUGUAUUUCUCACUCUCCAAUAAAUGUGGUUUCUGUAUGAAUUUUGCCAGUGCUCAUG